AAAAAUACACAAAGCAAAGAAAAUGACAGCCUCCAUUGUCAUCACAAUCAACAUCGCCACCCCAAAUGUUUACCAUUAUUCGGCCCCAAGAACAAUAUUCCUAAAUAGGAACCGCCCGAUGACUCGCCGCCCUCGCCUGCAUGUCUCAUCAUCAUGCAACAACAAUAAGGCCCCCGCCGCCGCAGCCAACGACGACGAUUGGAAGUUCGACAGAAGAAACCUGUUGGUGGGGCUCGGGGGCAUGUACGGUUACGGGGCUUUGAAUCCGUUACUCGCCUCCGCAGACCCCAUCAAUGGGCCCGACAUAUCAAGUUGUGGGCCAGCCGACCUUCCUGACAACGUCGAUAAGCUCACGAACUGCUGCCCCCCUAUGCCGGCAAGAAUCGUGGACUUCAAUCAGCUUCGGCGGCCACAGCAAUCCGCCGCCCCUAUGCGUGUCAGACGGGCGGCUCAUCUGGUGGCCAAAGACGAAGCCUACAUGGCCAAGUUCACCAGGGCGGUUGAGCUGAUGAAGGCCCUUCCAGACAACGAUCCCCGGAGCUUCCUCAACCAGGCUAACAUCCACUGUGCCUACUGCUGCGGCGCUUAUGACCAGGCCGGUUUUCCGGACUUGGAGCUUCAAGUCCAUUCUUCGUGGCUCUUCUACCCCUUCCAUCGUUGCUACCUCUACUUCUUCGAGAGGAUAUUGGGGAAACUCAUUGACGACCCCACAUUCGCUGUGCCCUUCUGGAACUGGGACCACCCGGACGGCAUGCAAAUGCCUUCCAUCUACAUCGCAGACCAGAACUCCCCGCUCUACGACCGCUUUCGCAACCCGAAACACAUGCCACCCAACAUCGUUGAUUUCAACUAUGGCACCGGAUCGGAUGAUUCAUCCGUUCUUGAUGCACAACAGCUGAUGUCUCAGAAUCUUACUAUAAUGUACCGUCAACUUGUGUCUCUGGGGCCUACCGCCCGUAUGUUCCUUGGGAGCCCGUACCGUGCGGGGGAUGGCCCUGGACCCGGUGCUGGCUCCCUAGAGUCUGUUCCACAUGCCAGCAUCCAUUUCUGGACCGGAGACCCGUCACAGCCUGACGGGGAGGAUAUGGGGUCUUUUUACUCAGCUGGGAGGGAUAUUAUCUUCCAUGCCCAUCACGGUAACAUCGACAGGAUGUGGGAGAUUUGGAAAACAUUAGGCGGGAGACGCCGAAAUUUCUCCGACCCAGACUGGCUUGAUUCUUCACUCCUCUUCUACGACGAAAAUGCGCAAAUGGUCCGGAUCAAGGUGAGGGAUUGCUUGGACACGAGAAACCUUGGGUACGUGUACCAAGACGUGGAAAUCCCGUGGUUGAACUCUCGUCCCACACCACGGGCAUCCAACAAUAGGGUUAUGAGGAAAGGAAAGAAGUUCGACGUGCUUGUUAACGAAGAAGACGAGGCGAUGGCCACGCCCAAGCACACCGAGUUUUGCGGGAGCUUCGUGAGUGUGCCACAUGGCAGUCACCACCACAUGCAGGAGCAGAAGAUCAUCAAGACUGAGAUGAGGUUAACCAUAACUGAACUAUUGGAGGAUUUGAAUGCGGAGUACGAUGACCAAAUUCUAGUGACUUUAGUGCCAAAGACGGGAUGUGAGGGUGUCAAGAUUGGCGGUCUCAAGAUCGUUUUUGAUUCUUGAUUUUACAUCAGCAUAAUAAGAUACUCCCUCCGUUCUCAAAAACACUUCCUCUUUUAUUUUUUCCACUUCCAACAAAACAAUUCCUCUUUCUAUUAAAAAAUCAUUUUUACACUUACUUUUUCAUACCUUACCUAUCACAUCAUACUUUUUCUCUAAUAAUCUAUCCAUCACAUCUUACUUUUACCCAUCACAUCAGGGGCAAAAUUGGAAAUCAACUAUAAUUUAAUAU